UCGACUUAUACACGGGAUCGACUAAUACACGGGUAAAUACGGUAACUUUUAAUCCUGGGUUAGCGUUAACCAGCUUUGGAACAACUUGGCCCUGAUUACAAGUUAACCUGAUAUGAGCCUGCGAUCCAAUCGAAAACCAGCACUUGGUCAGCGGUCAAUUUUUGACCUCAAUGAGCUCUAAACUUGAGCCCGCAAUAUUGUCACAUGAUACUGGUCAGUGGAUACCUUCUUUUGACAGGUGUCAAUUGUCCAUAACAGGGAUGUGCAAUAUCAGAGAAGUAGGUUAUAAACCAAGGCUACAUGUCUCUGUCAACCUAUUGGCUGGAGUACGGUGUCCAUGUUGCGUGACUCUGCCGUUGUCAUCGUCGUGCGUACACACCCACAAGCAAUACCGCUAGCCAUGAUAACCAUGACAAAAUCAACUCACAGGUUUCAUUUUCUUUCUGAAAUGAGUGUGGGGCUCCACUUGGCAGCCCUGCUAUGAUGGUCUUGUUUUUAUGACACUCAAUUGAAAGCUGUUCUAAUUUGUUAACUGACUUCAUGCUUUAAAAGCUAGAGUCAAGGAACAGUGUAGAGGACUUAAAUGGCUUCCUUAAUAACUAUCCUCAAACAUUUGGUUAAACCUAUUUUAUGUGCAUUAAAUCUCUUUCUUGCAUGUAUAUUUUGUUUUCCACAGCUUGUCGGCAAUCUGUUCAUAUUCAUAUGUGCCAACAUAACAGGCGUUUUUACGAAGUAUCCAACAGAGAUUUCUCAGCGUCGAGCUUUUCUAGAAACUAGAAGAUGCAUAGAAUCACGGUUGACCAUUAUGAAAGAAAACCAGAACCAGGAACGCCUGCUGCUUUCAGUUUUGCCCAGACAUGUUGCCAUGGAAAUGAAAGCAGAUAUAGAAAGUGACAGGACAGAAACAAUGCAGUUUCACAAAAUCUACAUUCAAAGACAUGAGAAUGUCAGUAUUUUGUUUGCUGAUAUUGAAGGAUUCACUAUGCUCUCAUCCCAAUGCACAGCUCAGAAGUUAGUUCAAUAUCUCAAUGAAUUAUUUGCCAGCUUCGAUAUGCUUGCUGUGGAAAACCAUUGUCUACGUAUCAAGAUCUUGGGUGAUUGCUACUAUUGUGUGUCAGGUUUACCAGAUCCACGACCUGAUCAUGCUCACUGUUGUAUUGAGAUGGGCCUAGAAAUGAUUGAUGCUAUUGCGAGUGUGCGUGAAGCCACAGGUGUUAAUUUGAACAUGAGAGUUGGUGUGCAUAUGGGAAAAGUUCACAGUGGGGUUCUGGGUCUUGUCAAGUGGCAGUAUGAUGUCUGGUCUGAUGAUGUGACAACUGCAAAUCAUAUGGAGUCAGGGGGCCUUCCAGGACGUGUGCACAUAACAACUUCUGUACUAAACUGUUUAAAUGGUGAUUAUGAGGUUGAAGAAGGACGUGGCCAGGAGAGGGAUUCUUAUCUAAAGCAGUACAAUAUUGAGUCAUACCUUAUUGUGGCUGAGCACCCAAGGAAGCGAAAUGAUACCGUUAUUAAAGAGACCAAGCAGCAGGAUGACACAGACAAGUUAAAGGAUAGGUUAGGUAUAACAGCAUCGAAUCAGCAAGAUCCAGAAGAUGAGGUCAAUGAAUUUCUGGGAAGCUCCAUCGAGGCUCGCAGUAUUGACAAGCUGCGGAAGGACUAUGUGCGACCAAUACUUCUUACAUUAAAUUUUAAGGAUCCAGAUAAAGAAGAGCUUUAUUCUCAAGAAAAAGACAGAAUGUUCAAGUCUUACACAGCAUGCAUUUUCCUUCUCUUUAUCUUGAUAUUUAUUAUUCAAAUUACAACCCUUCCAAGAACGUAUGUGACCAUGGCUCUUUUUGCUUGCACCUUUCUUGUUGUUGGUGUUGUUUUCUUGCUAGUUGUAGCUGAGAAGUGUGUGAAUGCACCACGUGUUUUGAGGAACAUUUCAAGUAAACUUGUUGCAUCUCAAACUAGUUGCAGAGUGGUAGCAACUGUAUUAGUUCUGACACUUUACAUUGCGGCUAUAGGAAAUUUUUUUGGUUGUAAUCUGGAUAGACAAGAGUUAACAAGAGGUGCAGAUCGGUGUAAUGAAUCUCAUUCUUCUUACAUUGGCCUUGAUCCUGAUGAACAAUACUGUGACUACCCUCAGUACUUCACAUUCAGUGUGAUGCUUGUGAUGAUAGGAUGUGCUGUCUUCCUUCAGCUGAGCACAGUACACAAGUUUUCCAUGCUAGCCCUCAUGUCAGCUGUCUUUGUAGUCUUGAUACGAGUUGUCUACAAAGAUCUUUUCAAUAACCAUGACAAGAUCCAUUUUUGUUGGUUGCAGUUAGAGGCAGAGGGCUAUGGGUACAUCAAGUGGAUUGAUCUUUCCAUUGUGAUUGUUGUGAUGCUGACACUAGCUUUAACUGCACAUGCAUACUUGCAUGAGGAAAUAUCCAGACUUGACUUCUUAUGGAAACUCCAGGCCACAGAAGAAAGGGAAGAAAUGGAACAACUCAGAGAAUACAAUAAAAAAUUGUUGUACAACAUCCUUCCAGACCAUGUCGCACAGCAUUUCCUUGCACAACAAGCCAAGAAAAAUGAUGAACUUUAUUACCAGUCCUGUGACAAAGUAAUUGUCAUGUUCUCCAGUAUAUGUAACUUCUCUGACUUCUAUACUGAGUUGGAUGCUAAUGGCGAAGGAGUAGAGUGCUUGCGUCUUCUCAAUGAGAUAUUGGUGGAUUUUGAUGAGCUUCUAUCAGAGCCACGCUUUCAGUGCAUAGAGAAGAUUAAAACCAUUGGUGAAACAUACAUGGCUGCUGCUGGAAUCAAACCUGAAUCACAGGAGAAGCUGGCAACGCUGAGUCAUAUAGUGACUAUGGCUGACUUUGCCAUGGCCAUGAAAAAGAAACUAGCAGACAUUAAUUUGCAUUCUUUCAACGACUUCAAAAUGAAAAUUGGAUUAAAUUUUGGUCCUGUAGUCGCUGGAGUCAUUGGUGCCCACAAACCUCAGUAUGAUAUCUGGGGUGAUACAGUUAAUGUCGCCAGCCGUAUGUACAGCACUGGAAAGGCCAAGCACAUACAGGUGACACAAAGUGUCUAUAACAUUCUGUCUACACGUGGAUACACCUUUGAAUGCCGUGGCUUAGUAGCAGUGAAAGGAAAAGGCAAGAUGGUCACUUAUUGGAUGACUGGUAAAGAAGGUGAUCAGUCAAAUUAAUGCUCUCCCUUGUCAGUACAUUCCUCUUGAGUGGUUUGCUUGUAAUGGAAUAUUUAUUAUCACACUUUCAGUAUAACUUUUACCGCAGAUUAUUUUUUGUAUCAUACUAGUGAAGCCCUACUGUCAAUUAUUUGAAAGGAAACAAUUUAUCCUCUCUAAAAGGUUCAGCCAGUAUUUAAAAUGUCAAGAUUCACACACCUGUAAAUCUUGACUUGUAUUUUAUUGUUAGUAAUUUCAAAUAGUGUAAGCUUACUUCAAGUAUACAAAUUUCAUGUUAUACCAUCACAUUGUUUUCAGCAUGCUAAGAAAACAAGAGACAUUUUAUCAGGGCUUUGUGCGAUGUCCUAACUAUUUCCAAAUUAUAAGAUUUCUUGACUUCUAGAAAUGUUCCAAAUGUGGAAUAAUUAUUUGGCCAAAGAUGACCCUUCGGAUUUUUUUCCUCCAAAAAAUCACAGGAUUUGUUAGGUAGUGAGGAAGUACGACUUAAAUACAGACUUUGUCCUUAGAUAAUUUUCUUUUGUGAAGUUGACCUAUUUCUCAAAAGUGCUAAAUUCGAAGUUUACAAAGUAAAGUUUGUAAGGCAGGUGUUGGUGCCUGUGUAUGUGAUAUAAAAGUUGAAACCCACAGGCAUCAUUGUAUGUUUAAAGUAAAUAAACUCCUGAGACUGCAAGAUUGUCCAAAAAAAAUUAACGAACAAUUGGCUGACAAGUGAAGAUUCUGGGGCAACUGUGAAAUUUGAAGGAUACUCUUUUCACCAGAGGGCAUUAUCUUUUGAUACCCCAGGUUUAUUUAUUUUAUUACCCCCUAAUCUGUUUUUAUCUUUUUUCUGUAUCAUCACGAUUGCAAAAAGAGAAAAGCCAGCCGUAAUAGUCUUGGUGUAAUGAGGGGAUAAACAGGUUUAUUGGCUGACUUAAUUAUUUAAACCCUCUGAUCUAAUUAACAAGUUUGACCAAAAACAAUGUGACAAUAAAAGGUUGAUUUUUGCCAGUCA